UUUAUUCCGUGGUGGAGUAGAACGAAGUUGGAGAUCAUCCCUGGAGCAGUGCGAUCUAACCUGGUUCUUGUUUUUUUCUCGGGUUCUUGAUGGUGUGAACUUUGGAUGAAACCAUGAGUGUUUACGGAUCGCAGCGGGGGCUGCACUCUCUCAGCCGGCGUACCGGCUCUCGCAGCGACGUCGAGGUCGGUAACUAUCAGGUCGGGGGUAAUGGAUUCGUCCAGGACUAUGCCGAGGACUACAACUACACCUUCUCCAAAGGCUCCAUGGGAGGAGGACAGGGCCCUCCUCUUCACGUUGUCAUCCAUCAGCGAGCUUCCAAUCUGCAAAGCCAAUGCCAAGCGCUCCUUCAUAAAGCAGAGUUCAUUUUACAAACAGACACCGAUAGAGUGAGAGCUGCAGCAGAAGCAGAGCAUUGCAUGAUGUCUGCCAGAGACUCUAUAGAGCAGCUCAAAGUUCUCGCUGUGGAUCUUAGGAACAUGGGCCAGCCCAACGAGAGCAUUCUAAUGACUGUGGAAGAGUGCACAGAGCAGCUAAGAGCAGUACAUAUGGCUCUGGGCGGCUCUAUGCAGAGGACGAGCCGAAGCAGCAGAGGCAGCUGGGAUGAAACGGAGAGAAACUUCCAACAUGCUCUUGCCUGGAUUGCGCAGCAGAAGCGCCUGAUUGAGACUUCGUCGUGGGGAGAGGAGCCGGCAUCUAUAGAUCAGCAGAUCAUAAAUCACAACAGAUUUCACAGCUCUAUCCAGAGGAGUGUGGAAGUGGAACGAGCCAAAGAGGAACUAAGAGAUAGAAGAGACAAGGCUGGCCUGCAUUUGCUGGAGCAGGAAUGGGACAGCCUUCAGAAAAUGUCGUUCGAACGAGGCUCACAGUUAAACGAGCUUCAGAACAUCAUCGAUGAGAUCACUCGAGAGAUCAUGUGGGUAAAUGAUCGAGAAGAGGAGGAACUCAUGUUUGACUGGGGCAACAAAAAUAUUGACACCUACAUUCCCAAGAAACAGGAGAGUUACUCGAGGUUAAUGAGUGAUUUGGAGGAGAAAGAGAAAUAUUUGAAUAAACUGAAAGUGAAAGUGGACAACCUUCUGGUAAGCAAUCAUCCUGCAUCGGACAAAAUUGAGGCAUACAUGGAGACUCUUCAGACCCAGUGGAGCUGGCUCCUCCAAAUCACCAAAUGCAUUCACGUACAUCUAAAAGAGAAUUCAGCGUACAGCCAGUUCUUCAUAGAAGCAAACGAAACAUAUGGCAGACUUCAGCAGCAGCACGAGAUCAUCCGCAAGAAAUUCUCCUGUGACAAAUCAACUCCUCUGGCGAAUUUACAAGAACUGCUUAAAAGCCUGGAGAAAGAGAAGGAUUAUCUGAUGGAGCACAAACAACAGGUGCAGCAACUGGUCAAUAAAUCCAAGAACAUCGUAAGUCUACGCCCACGAAACCCGGAGGAGAAGAGUAACAGCCCUGUGAAAGUACAGGCUUUGUGUGACUUCAGACAGGAUCAGAAAGUUAUCUGUAAGGAUGACAUAGCCAUUCUGAAGGAUAACACCGAGCGCAGUAAAUGGCUUAUAACCGGACCUGGAGGAUUGGAUAUGGAGGUGCCUUCGGUCUGUUUGCUAGUUCCACCACCCAACCCUUUGUCCAUCAACCUGGCUAACAAGAACGAGCAAUAUUUCGAGGCUCUUCAGUCAGUGUGGAACCAGCUCUUCAUCAAUAUAAAGAGCCUCAUUUCCUGGCAGUACUGCCUGCACGACAUCAGCCGUAUCAACUCCCUCACAAUCACCAUGCUGGCUCAAAUGCGCCCAGAGGAGUACCGCAGCAUCAUCAAUAGCUUAGAGUCUCACUAUCAGGAGUACCAGAGGAACUGUUCGGGAUCUGAGAUGUUUGGAGAGGAGGACAAGAGAGCCAUCGAGAGCCAGUAUACUGGGGCCCAGAAACACUACGAUCAGAUGAUCACACAGCUCCCAGCCUAUGUCGGCCAGCAGGUGGUGGUCGUGGAUACUUCAGUGAAGGAGACAUCAACGACGGUUCUCCAGGGUGCUAAGGUUUCGUCGGGUGUGAACCAGGUUACAUCAGAUGUGAGAAAUGUCUCGGCAGGUGUAAAGAAGGUUUCGGCAGGUGGGAACCAGGUUUCAUCCGGUGUGAAUGUGCUCAGUGAAUUGCAUGCCUUCCAGUUGAAACUGGAAGUCUUGGAGUCUGCAGUCAGUACACACCAGCACAUCCCAGUGGGACAGGGAGCACCAGCACAAUGCACCAGUCUUAUCACUUCCUCACAGGCAGUGGUGAAGGAUGUGGAGUCAUUGAAAGGAGAGUUCCAGAGGCUAAAAGAACAAGUGCUCACCGAAGUCAAAGGAAUGAAAGACACGGAUAAAGCUCAGUUUCUUCAAAGCCAACUCAACCUCAUAAACCAGAGACUGGACAGACUGGGGUCUCACUCUAGCGCUUAUCUGCUGAGGUUGAAGGCUUUGAAGUCUUUGCUACAGGCCCUACUUCAGGCGGAGGAUGUGGUGAAGGUUUACGAGGCUCGACUCACUGAGAGAGAAACGACCUCACUGGACCCGGCUGAAGUCCAGAAGUACCAGAGCGCCCUGAAGGUAAUGCGGUCUGAGCUCGAUCAGAAGGAUGGCGUACUGCGUUCUCUGGAGGACGAGCUGAAUAAGGCUCGUCAGUGUAACACGCAAAUCGAUCCGAACUGUCACAGGUGUGAUGUUGACCUGUGCCUGUACAGUGAGCAUGUAACGCAGCUGUCUGACCGUUGGAAGCGCAUUCAAGCGCAGAUCAACAACAGGUUCGGGGAUCUGGACGCAUACCUCCAGCAGCUAAAGCAUUAUCUUUCCUCAAGCUCCACUCUCGAUUCCUGGAUUAAUGACAUCAAAAGCCGGAUCAAUGCUCAGAUGACCACUAGGACGGAUGACAUUGCGGUCCUCAGCAAAUUCCUUAACCAACAGAAGGCGCUGAAUUCCGAAAUAUCCGGAAAGAGGGAGACUGUGGAGGCUGUACAGAGAGAUGGUGAAAAAUGUGUUAAUAGCAUUAAGGACUAUGAGCUUGGGUUGGCAUCUUACAGUGCUGGACUAGAAACUCUACUCAACAUUCCUAUAAAGAAAACCAUGCUGCAGUCUCCGACGACAGUUGUGAUACAGGAGGUUUCCUCUUUGCAUAGCCGCUACUUAGAGCUUCUAACACGUUCAAGUGAUUACUACAAAUCUCUUGGAGACUCGUUGAAGAACUUAGAAGAGCUCAAGAUGCGGAACACCAAGAUCGAUAUGCUCGAAGAGGAGCUGAGGCUCCUGAAAGCUGACAUAGAGGACCGCGACGCUAAGAACGCCUCGAUGCGAGAGGCACUCUCACGGUACCAGCUUAAGCUAAACGAAUCUCAGGAGCACCUCCUUUCUUUGGAGGAGGUGAAGAGAAGCCAGGCUCUACAGUGCAGCACAGCGCAGGCGACCCUGAGCUCGUCCCAGAACCAACUGCAUGAGCUGUUGGCGGAGGUGGAGCGUCUAAAACGGCUCGUGGAGGAGGAGAAGAGAAGCAGGAAAAUUGUGGAAGAAAGGUAUACCAGUCAGCAGGAAGAGCACGAAGGGGCCAUGCGGAAAAGGCUGAAAGAGUUAGAAGGGGCCAACUGGGCCAAAAUUGAAUUGGAGAAGACCGUGUCAGAUCGGACACUUGAGAUUGAGCAUGUGCGGAGGCAGCUGGAGGCGGAGUCACAGAACCUGAAACAGGCCCAGAUGGAGCUGGCUAAGGUAAGGCUGCAGCACAGUAAUGAAAUGAGAGAGGCCAAACAGACCUAUGAGUCCCAGAUCCUGGUAACCCAAACGAACAUACAGAAGCUCUCACAGCAGCGGAAGGAUGACACGUUGUCCUUGCAAAUGGAACGUGAAAGGGUCGAGGGGGAUUGCAAGAAACUGCAGGAGGAGUUGAGGAGGCUACAGUUCACCCUCAGUGAAGAACAGGCUCAAAGAAAGUACACGGAGGUAAUGCUGCAGCAACAGAUCACAGCAGGAACAGAGGAAUCCCGAAAAACAAGUGAACUGGAGGCUCGGAUACAGCUGCUUCUUAGUCAGCAAAGUGCAGAAGAGAGCAGGUGGAAGGAAGUGCAGGCACACUCUACAAAGUCUCUCCAGGAGAAGACCAAUCAGAUCUUCAACCUCACACAGUCACUAGAUGACGAGUUGCUGAAAAGGAGAGCCCUCGAAGGAGAAAACGGCCAUUUGCAGAAGGAGCUAGCAGACCUCCGUGCUAAGCAUACAGCUUGUAGUCAGGAACUGAUCAAACUUCGUUCUUCACAGCAAGAUCUUAACAUCCUCCGUAUCGAAUUGGAAAACCAGGGCAACGAGCGAAACCGGGCAGAACAGAAUAUUGGACAUCUUCAGGCAAUGGUUCAGGAGCUCCAAGGGGAGCUAAAACAACUGGAUGGGCAGCUGAAUCAGCAAGUAAAAGGAGCCCAAGAGGAGGCGACCAAGCGCAGGAAAACCGAAGCUCAGCUUGAGAAGACAAACCAGGCUAUGCGGGAGUAUGUCUCCACCAUCUCCGCUUUGCAAAAGAGUCAGGAGGAGGCUAACACCGAGGCCAAAAAAUCAGAAGACGACCGUAGAAAGUUACAGGAAGCUCUUGAUCGUAGCUUGAAGGAGUCAGGUUCUUCAGCUCAGCGUCUAGCAAUGCUGGAAGCUGAAAUGAAAACUUUGAGGCUGCAGUUGGUGCAGGAGCAAGGUCGGGUUUGUGAGUCCAACCAGCGUUUCCAGACUUUGCACCGAAGCAUGGAAGAGAAAACCAAAGCACUCAAUGAAUCCAUUGCUGAGGUAGAGCGCGUGAAGAAGCUCACAGAGACACUCACCAAAGAGCGCCUCGGCCUGGAGGAAGAGUUACGAGCGGUGCGGGUAGAGCAUGACAAGCUGCUUCAAGGCAGGCGACACAAGGACGGCGAGAUGAGCGCCCAAAUUGCGGCGCUUCAGCAGCAACUCGAAAGCAGCCAACGUACCCGCCAUGACCAUGAUAAACUUAUCCAACAGCUCUCGCAGGAGAGAGAGAAGCUUCGAUUGGAGAUACAGAAUAUACAAAAACAAGCCAGUGAGACAUCAAGCUUAAUCCAGUCUUCCCAGACUCAGUGCACUGAAUUACAACAAGAACGAGAUGCCCUUCUAAAGAAAAUAAAAACCCUGGAAGAAAAUAUGACCAAUAUCCGGAAAACCGAGGAAGAUUUUAGGAACGCCAAGCUGUCACUUCAGACAGAACUGCGCUUAAAAAAGCAACUGCAGGAUGAGAACGAGAGGCUCAGCAAUGAGUUAAGCACGUGGAAAAAGCAACGUCAAAUCCAAGAUGAGCAUGUUCAGCAGCACAUCACCGAGCGCAUGAAGCUCGAAGGGGAAUGUUCCUCCUUCAGAGCGCAUAUAGAGCAGCUGCAGGCCCAACUGAAAGAAGUCGAAGAGCGCUACAAGCUUCAGCUGCAGGGAUUGAAGCAAGAGCGUAAUGACCUAGUGACAAUUAGAGAUUCCUUGCAAGGAGAGGUUCAAAAAGUGAGGCAGAUUGAAAACGCAGUAAACCGAUGGACACAGACUGAUUUUCCUGGUACUGUGGAUCCCAGCACGCUGGUCUUUGAUGGUGUGCGUAAAAAAGUCACAGCCCAACAGCUACUCGAGUGUGGCGUGAUCAACCAAAAAACACUAAACGACUUGCGGAAGGAAUAUCAGACUGUCCAGGAUGUGGCUGUCAAUAUUAAACUAAAUCUUAAGGGCACAGGAGCCAUCGCAGGACUCGCUGGACCAUCUGGAAGGUUGACGCUCACAGAAGCUAAGAAAGACGAUCUGAUCUCCUCAGAUAGCGCAGUGAAACUGUUAGAGGCUCAAGCAGCAACAGGAUAUAUCCUUGAUCCCAGGGCGAAUUUAAGGAUGACCGUGGAAGAGGCUUGUCUUAAUGGACUUGUGGAUGAAGGGGAUAAAAAGCAAUUGCUGACUGCAGAGGCUGCCUGCCUUGGCUUUAGAGAUACAUCCACAGGCAAACUCCUGUCAGCCAGCCAAGCGAUGAGAAAGGGAAUUAUAGACCAAGAAACCGCUCUCCGUCUGCUGCAAGCGCAAGAGGCUGCAGGAGGCAUUCUUGAUCCUGUCCUCAGUAUAUACCUUCCUAAGGAUAUCGCCAGGGAUCGCAAUCUAAUCGAUGAGACCCUUUAUCAAGCCCUGAGUGCAAAACCGAACUGCUAUAUCGACCCUGGAACAAAUCUGAGUACGAGCUACGUCAGCUUGAAAAGGCAAUGCAAAGCUGACCCGAAUACAGGCUUGCUAAUGCUGCCAGCCCCACCGGCACCAAUCACCGUGCAGGGUUUGCGUGAAAAGGUCUCUCUGUCACAUCUGGUAGAGGCCAACCUGUUAGAGCCUGCAGACCUUGAUCAGCUAAGAGAAGGCAAACUGACCAGCCAAGACAUCGAGCACAGACUUCGUGCCUAUCUACAGGGAUCCACCUGCAUUGCUGGGGUCUAUGAUGAAACUGACAAACGCAUUCUGCCUAUCUACCAAGCAAUGAAAGAAGGACUCCUGCGGCCUGGAACCACACUGGAGCUUUUGGAGGCUCAGGCAGCUUCAGGCUUUAUAAUUGACCCUAUUAACAACCAGUAUUACACAGUGGAGGAGGCUUGUAAGAAAGGGCUCGUUGGGGUGGAGUUCAAAGAUAAGCUCCUCUCGGCUGAGAGAGCCGUUACUGGAUAUAAAGAUCCCGGUAGUGAAAAGAUCAUCUCCCUUUUCCAGGCAAUUGAGAAAGGUCUGAUCGAAAAAGGCCAUGGCAUUCGCUUACUAGAGGCUCAGAUAGCCAGUGGUGGUAUCAUCGAUCCCAAACAAAGUCACAGAAUUGAUGUAGAUGUUGCCUUUAAUAGAGGUUAUUUUGGUGAAGAGAUGAAUCAGAUUCUCAAAGAUGAGGGUGACGACACAAAGGGAUUUUUCGAUCCCAACACUCAGGAUAAUCUUACCUAUCUACAGUUGAAGAGUCGUUGCAUGACAGAUGAUAAAACUGGCCUUGUGCUUCUGCCACUUCAUGAUAAGAACAAGAUAUCAACACAAAAGAACACAACAAGGAAGACGAGGGUUGUUAUCGUGGAUCCUGACACCAAUAAGGAAAUGACAGUACACGAAGCUUAUAAGAAAGGUUUGAUCGACUAUGAAACUUACAUGGAGCUUUCUAAGCAGGAAAGCGAGUGGGAGGAGAUAAAAAUCACUGCCUCGGAUGGGACCAGUAAACUGGUCAUUAGUGAUAGGAAGACAGGCCUUCAGUAUGACUUGAAGGAAUUACUUGACAAGGGUGUAAUCAAUGACGACAAUCUGCAGGAGUAUCGCUCUGGGGAUAUCACUCUUACUGAGUUUGUUGACAUCAUCACCACUAAAACCAUAGGUGUGAGCAAGCCCCUGAGCUCUUCCCCCUCUUCCUCCUCAUGUUUUGUGUCAUCCCAGACAGUCAAAAGAGAAAUCGUGACCUCAGUCGGAAAUAUUACAGAUGAGCAAAGUCCAGUUGGGGCCAUUUUUGACACAGAGAAGUCUGAAAAGAUCAGUAUAUAUAAAGCAAUGAAGCAAGGUCUUGUAGACUCUAUCACAGCCCAACGACUGCUCGAGGCACAAGCCUGCACCGGUGGUGUUGUAAACCCGGAAAAUGGCCGCCGCAUCUCAAUUCAAGAAGCUACUCGCUAUGGCAUAAUUGACGAUGACAUGGCUAAUCGGCUGAAACCUGCUCAAAAAGCCUACAUUGGCUUUGAAGAUAUUAAGACCAAGAAGAAGCUGUCAGCAGCUGAGGCGGUAAAAGAAAAAUGGUUACCGUUCGAGGCUGGUCAGCGUUUCCUUGAGUUUCAGUUUUUAACAGGAGGCCUCUUCGAUCCGGAACACGGCCACCGGAGGUCACUUGACGAGGCCGUACGCUUGGGCUGGUUGGAUCUGAGGACAUCGCAGAAGCUCCUGGACACUCGUCACCAUCCCAAGAUGCUGACCUGCCCCAAGACAAAGUUGAGGAUCACGUACAAGGAGGCAAUGGAUGCCUGUAUGUUGGAGGAUAAAACCGGAGUACGCAUGCUUCCCGCAGCUUCUACAUCAUCACGUGGAAUCAGCAGUCCUUACAAUUCGAACCCAAGCUCUGCCCCAAGCUCUCGGACAGGAUCCCGCAGAGGCAGCGUGGAUCAAACCUAUUCCAACAGCUCUACAUCAAGAUACAGCACUUUUAGCUACAGUAGCACCUCUUUUAGCAGCAAGUCAUUAUCAUAGAGGUGAUUUAGAGAGUAAUGGUGGAUGAAAAUACAACCCAAAGGGUAUUAACAUAGAAAAGUGUAUCUAUAUUAAUGGUAAGAUAAGCUAAACCCUAAAUGAUAAUUAGAUCAAUGUUAAAUACUAAUCGACAAAUAAUGUUGAAGACACUAAGUUCUUAUUUUUACUUCAGAUUUACAAAAGUAUUUUCCUUUUUUUUUUUUUUUUAUAAACCGAGUGCCUUCUCUUAUAUAAAAAUAUCAGUAUCAUCAAUUAAACUGAAUUAGUGUGAAACUGAAUUAAUGUGGUUGCUGAAGGCGGUUACAUAUCACGUGGGAUUAUAGGGCUACAGAGAUGUGAAAGUGUGAGCUUGAGGAUGGUUGAAAAUAUCGACUGAUGUCAUAAGUAUUUGGACAGCAACCGUUUAGCCAUUUUACGAAUGUAUGCAACUUCCCGGAGCAAUCGAGAUGUGAUCGAAGUGUAGGCUUUCAGCUGAUGUGCCGUUUAAUGGUCAGGUGCAGCCUCCUUAUUCCAUGACAAAUUAAAGAAAUCAAAGGUCUGGAGCUAAUUCCAAAGUGUUGAAUUUGUGUUUAGGAGCUGCCCAGGGGGAACUCUCAACAUGCAAGUUACGGAGGAAAUCCCCCCCCACCCCAAAAAAAAACAACGCAAUGCUAUCCGAGUCCUAGCACAUUACUAGCAUUGGGUUGCUGAACAAAUACUUAUGGGCCUGACUGUAUUUGUAUUCGUUGGACUGGUGUCGGCAAUUUACUAACUCAAAGGAAUAUGAUAAUGUAAUGUGAUUGAUUGUUGUAUCGUCAGUCCAGAGCUGGAAUUGAGAAUGUUUAACAAUGCCCUAGUUUUAAAUACUUUUCCUUUUCUCCUCAGAUAAACCUAACAAUUUUUGUUCAAGCAUUUGUACGAUGUCAAAUUGUUUUUUGCAAAUGUGAUCCCUUCUUUAACAUCUAAACUUACACAUUAAAUAAAUAAUUGAAUUCA